CAGCAGAGGCGCGAUGAGCACCAGCGACCCGCGGGACGCUGCGUGCACGCAGGAGUCCCCGAGGCGCGACCCCGCGCAGGUGAAGAAGCACCAGCACCAGCACCACCUGAGGCACCGCUACGAGGUGAUGGAGACUCUGGGCGAAGGCACGUACGGAAAAGUGAAGAAGGCGGUGGAGAGGGCGAGCCUGAGGACGGUGGCAAUCAAGUCGAUCCGCAAAGAAGGCAUCAAAGACGACCUGGAGCGGAUUCACAUCCAGAGGGAGAUCGAGAUCACGGCCUCGCUGAGGCACUCCAACAUCGUACGCUUCCACGAGGUGUUCGAGAGCCGCGAUAAGAUCGUGAUCGUGAUGGAGUACGCCAGUAGGGGGGAACUGUACGACUACAUCCAGGAGAGGAGGCAACUGCCUGAACCUGAAGCCCGAAGCAUCUUCAGACAAAUCACAUCAGCGGUCCACUACUGCCACAAGAACGGCGUUGUGCAUCGAGACCUCAAGCUGGAGAACAUCCUUUUAGAUCAAGAUUUCAAUGUCAAGCUGGCUGACUUUGGCCUUUCCAAUCACUUCCAGAGGGGCGCUCUGCUGCAGACGUUCUGUGGAAGUCCUCUCUACGCCGCCCCAGAGAUAGUGAGAGGAACGCCCUAUCAGGGGCCAGAGGUGGACUGCUGGGCGCUCGGGGUGCUGCUUUACGUCCUGGUUUACAGCACCAUGCCGUUCGAUGGGGACAGCCACGCCGCGCUCACGGAGCAGAUCAGCCGGGGUCGCUUCCGCAGACCCGACCCCCCCUCAGAUGCCUGCGCUCUCAUCGACUGGCUGUUGGUGGUGCGCGUGGACGAGCGGGCCACCAUAGAGGACGUGGCCCACCACUGGUGGGUGAACUGGGGUUUUGAAGAGAGCGUGUGUGACUGCCCCUCAUCGCCCCACCAGGAGGCCCCCUCCCCCCUGCUGGCGCGCUACAUCGACUGGCAGAACCGGGUCGUGGCCACCAGCGGCAUGACCUCAGAUUCCUCCUGUCCGCCUGAGAUAUCACUGCAUCCCUUCUACUUGGAUCUGAAGAGCGACUGUGGUGGAGGAGGAGGAGAAGGAGGAGGAGGAAGAGUACGAGGAGGAAUGUCAAGCCUUAGGAAGUCACGUAAGGAAAACACGAUUCCCCAGACUUCUGGGUGCUCAUCAGCUGCGAUUUCCUCCUCUUCCACAACCGAAAGAAAGAAACCGAAAAGUAUCCUGAAGCCACAGAGGAGCUUCGACUCAGUCUUUCACAGCACGCCCCCCCCACCUGGUGGCGCUGCUCCCCAGCUUCAUCAGAGACACAAGGACCCGCCGCCUCCCUUCUGUCAACCCUCAUCCAAAAUGCCCAAGAAGGGCAUACUGAAGAAGCUGUGCCGAGGGGAGUCGGGUCGCAGCUCGACCUCCGACCCGGGGCUCUACGAGGGUAAAGACGAGGGGGGGGGCGCCGGCGAGCAGAGUUUCGACAAACGGGCCCCUCGUGCUCCGGCGGAGGAAGACGGCCCCAGGGUGCACGUGGAGGCCGUGAGGAGAAGGAAGGGGAUCCUGAAACGCAACGGAAAGUUCUCUCGCAGUCUGGAUCUUCCCGACGAGCUGUGCUUGCCCCCCCGCGCGCCCCCCCCCGCGCUGUACCCCGACGUCCUGCAGCAGCUCCUUCGGGCCUCGGGGGGCGCUGAGGGCAGCCGCCCCUCCAGCGUGGUGAGCGAGGACAGCCUCUUCUCUUGCGACUCCUUCGACCUCCUGGACCUCAGCGCCCAAUCCUGUGGCGGGUUCUUCGCCCGGGGGGGGCCGCACAUCGUCUGCAGCUCCGAGGAGGAGCCGCAGCAGCCGAGGGCCGAGGCCGGCGGGGGACGGAAGGAAACGCCGACAUAGCGUGACCACACCUGCACCUCGUAUGAGACGAGCCUCGAUCUUCUGACUCGAACCCUUCUCCUCUGCUGCCAGUGAGCAGAGAGCGUCUGGAGACACCGGGGCCCCCCCCUUAGUCAAAUAGAUAAUACGAAGAGGGGAUGAUGGUCCAAACGCACCGGUGGAUCGAGGGGAGAUAUCAAGAUGCCGUUGGGUUUGGUAUAAUAUUACAUCAUAAUU